CAAAUUAAAGAGAAAGGUGAACUCCAGAACUAGAUCAACUUAGAACACAUAUGGGGAUAAAUUAAAGUGAAUGUUGUUUUUCAUGUUUUCCUGGUCAAUUUUUUCCGGUAAAUAAAGUAUUAAUUUCUUCAAUGUAUUUACAGCCGCGAUUAAUAAUUUAAAUCAAGAAAAAAUGGUGGCCAGAUGGAAGUGUUUGAAUUUUUAUGGCAUUCGAUUGGUUGGAAAUUUUUUAAUGAAUCAACAAGAGCCGGUCGAACGAGCUCUCCAAGGUCGUCUUAUAAAAUCAACGCUCUUUCGUAGAUCAAUUGGUUCAUCGAGCACGUGUUUUAACAGCAAUAAAAUGGCCGGAGUUCUGCAGCAAAAUUUGUGGGAGUGCGAUGCUGAGUUAUUCAAAAUAAUGAAAAAGGAAAAGCAACGACAGAAACGUGGAUUGGAAUUAAUUGCCAGUGAAAAUUUUACAUCACUAAGUGUACUCCAAUGUCUAAGCUCAUGUUUGCAUAACAAAUAUAGUGAAGGACUUCCUGGUCAACGGUAUUAUGGAGGCAAUGAGUUCAUUGAUCAAGUUGAAUUGCUGGCACAAAAACGCGCUCUCGAAGCAUUUAAUCUAGACCCCGAAAAAUGGGGUUGCAAUGUUCAGCCUUACUCUGGUAGUCCUGCUAAUUUCGCUGUUUACACCGGAUUAAUUGAACCCCAUGGCAGGAUAAUGGGUCUUGAUCUCCCAGACGGUGGUCAUCUUACCCACGGAUUUUUUACUGCAACUAAAAAAAUAUCCGCCACGUCAAUCUUCUUCGAGUCGAUGCCUUACAAAGUGGAUCCAUCAACAGGAUUAAUAAACUACGAUAAGCUAGCAGAGGAAGCCAAACUUUUCAAACCUAAAAUAAUAAUCGCCGGGGUGUCGUGCUACAGCCGAUGCUUAGAUUACAAAAGAUUCCGUGAGAUUGCUGAUGAAAACGGCGCCUAUUUGUUCAGCGACAUGGCUCACAUCUCCGGUCUAGUUGCAGCCGGAGUGAUACCGAGUCCCUUUGAGUACAGCGACGUCGUCUCGACGACGACCCACAAGACACUCCGGGGUCCACGUGCUGGUGUUAUAUUUUUCCGCAAGGGUGUAAAAAGCGUCGGUAAAAAUGGCGAGAAGACGAUGUAUGACUUCGAAAGUAAAAUAAAUCAAGCCGUGUUCCCAGGAUUGCAGGGUGGUCCACACAACCAUGCAAUCGCUGCCAUCGCGACGGCUAUGAAACAGGCGCAGACUCCGGAAUUCGCUAGCUAUCAAAAGCAAGUUGUUGCUAACGCACAGGAAUUAUGCAAAAGUCUCAAAGCUCUUGGAUACAAAAUCAGUACUGAUGGUACUGACGUCCAUUUGCUGCUCGUCGAUCUACGGAACACGGGAGUAACUGGAUCUAAAGCUGAACGUAUUUUAGAAGACAUAUCCAUUGCUUGUAAUAAAAAUACUGUCCCUGGUGACAAGAGUGCUUUGAAUCCGAGCGGAAUAAGAUUGGGUACACCAGCACUCACUACUCGUGGAUUCAAACAAGAAAAUUUCAAAGCCGUCGCUGAAUUCAUUCAUCGUGGGCUGGAAUUAUCCAAAGCAGUGACAGCUAAAUCUGGACCCAAACUCGUUGAUUUUAAAUCAGUAUUGGAUAAUGACUCGGAAAUAAAGGCCAAGGUCGCGGCUCUUCGUCACGAAGUCGAGGAAUACGCGAGCAAAUUUCCCCUCCCGGGAUUGGACGAGUACUAAAAUAAUUACUUUUAAAAAACAAUUGUAAUUUUAAAUUUAUUUCUCAUCAUUCCCAUUUUUUAAUCUCAUACAUACGAUUUUUUUUUAAAUAUCAUAAAUAGUUUUGAUAAUCAAUGUUUCUAUUUUUGUACAUAGAAAUAAAAAUUUUUGAAUAUUUAAAUAAAAAA